AUGCAAAGGCCUAUAAAUGCGAGGCGUCAGAACAGCUUUAUUUUGGAUACUUGUCGUCGUUGGAAAACUUCAAGCGAGUUGAAGCAGCUAAUUCAACACGCAAGUCUCAAUGGAAGAGGGGUACUGCGAAUACGAACCUAUCAACUGGGGGACCGGUGCAGCUGGUUCCAAGGUUGUGCUUCGUGUGCCGGCGACCUGGACACGAGGCCCGAGACUGCAGGAUGCAGCGCUGUGAGACCUGUCAACGUCCUAGCAAUAGGCCGGCGUCCUGCUGGUAUGCAACGAGCUCCUCGCGACAACAAGGUCAGCAGGUCUCCAUCGGAGAGAAGAAUGAUGCCCGUGGGACACGGUCAAUGCAGGAUGGCCGAGUGUUAG